AUGGCAUCAUCAAAUGUUUCUACUGUUUCAACUGAAAUAUCACAAACGAAUGAUUCUCAGAAAAUAUUGGCAAAUACUACAAAGCUUCCUGUAACUGCUCCAAUAAAUAAGACUACUACUACUAAAGAUACAAUUGGCCUUCUUCCCGGGAUAUUAAUUGGUGGUGCUGCGGCAUGUGCUGCCGUUACAUUUUCAAAUCCGUGGGAGGUAGUAAAAACUCGCUUACAACUUCAAGGUGAAUUAGCCCGAAGUAAUUCAAAUUAUGUGAAACCUUACAAAAAUGUAUUACAAGCAUUCUACUACAUAAUCAGACACGAAGGACUUCUUAGUAUCAAUAAAGGUUUAGGCCCAGCUUAUACUUAUCAAAUUAUGAUGAAUGGUUCACGUCUUGGUCUUUAUGAUCCAAUCAGAAAUUCUCUCGUUUCAACUUUUGGUGCCUCAAGCACUUCAUUACCAAUUAGUAUUGUUUCUGGAGGCCUCUCUGGUAUUAUUGGUGCAUUUGUGGGCUCUCCCUUUUACUUAGUCAAAACUCGUAUGCAAUCUUUUUCAACUCACAUGGCAGUUGGACAUCAACAUAAUUACAAAAAUACUUUUAGUGCUUUAUCACAAAUAUGGAAAUCGGGCGGUAUAAAAGGGUUAUUUACGGGUGUUAGUGCUGCAAUGAUAAGAACUGGUGUUGGAUCUGCGACCCAAUUAUCGAGUUAUUUUUAUAUAAAACGAUGGAUAAUUCAAAAAACUGGAAUGAAUGAUAAUGAUAUUCUAUUGCAUAGUAUGGCAAGUAUGAUAUCAGGACUUUGUGUUUGUACGACUAUGAAUCCAUUUGAUGUUAUUAGCACUCGUAUAUAUAACCAGAAAAAGGAUAUUAGUGGUAAAGGAAGUCUGUAUAAAGGUACUUUUGAUUGCUUUAUAAAAAUAAUUAAGACUGAAGGUAUUCCAGGAUUUUAUAAGGGAUUCGUAGCUCAUUACUUUAGGAUUGGGUAA